GGACUUUUGUCCAAGUUACUCAUUUAUAAUUUUGUGUUAGAGAAGCAAUGGCUCGAAGAAGAAAGUUAAAUAUUCGACAUCAUGCAAGUGAUAAUGAAGGAAUUCAGUCUACUUCUAAUAAUACAAACUCAACCAAUGUAGAAGGAAGUAAUGUUGCAGAAACUCGUUCUAGUCCUUGUCAUGCAGAAGGUGUCAUACGUGAGUCUGUAGAAUCUCACUCAAUUUCCUCUGAUAUAGAAGUUGAAGAAGAAAAAAUUGAAAAAGAAGUAGAGCCUAAACGGGCUAGAGGUCCUACAAAAAUGUUAGAUGUAUGGGAAAUGGAACAUGGUGAUUUAAUAAUCGUUAAUUUGGACAAAUAUGGUCGACCCAUUGGUGAGGAAGGGACAACUCUAACUCGUUUCAUUGGUAGCGUAGCUAGAAGGUAUCAAUAUGCUCCUAUCAACUACAAGUCAUGGAAAGUUAUGCCAAAUGAUUACAAAGAAGAAAUGUUGAAAUUAAUAGAGAAAAUAAGUAAAAUUAAUAGGCAAAAUCGUGCUAAAUUUGAAGAUGUUCAUUGUAUGGGUUCAAAAAGUCUCCCAAAGUUUAUUGAUGAGAAGAUAAAAAAGGGAAAAGGAGUGUUGCCUGGACGUAAAGAGAUUUACAUUGAUACCCGUACUCGUAAAGAUGGAACAAUUGUCAAUGAAAAGGCUGCAAAAUUGAUUGAAGAACUAAAAAAACAUAAUAAUGAGGCUGGAACUUCUCAAUCAACCCAAGACACACAAGGUUCUAUGUCUUGGAAGGAUGACAUAUUUUAUCAAGUACAAGGACCUGAUAAAAACGGACGUGUGCGAUGUAUGGGCAAGAUUCCUCAUUCUAAAAAAUCGAAGGUUUGUGCAUCUGAAAAUGAAGAGUUGCGCGAAAGAGUUAAGAAUAUGGAAAACUUGUUAGCAAAUGUGAUGACUUUAAUUCAAAAUCGAUUUUCUGGAGCAGAUGUUAAUGAUAUAAUACAAGCUGCAAGACAGGUUCCUGAUGCUACUAGUGCUCAAAACCAUUUGAAUUCACUUAGUCCAAACAACAACGAAAAUAAUGAAAAUGGUGAAGAUUAAAAGCUAAUUUGUUGUUGAAGAUGGAAUAUUGGCAAUUUAGUGGACUCAAUUUCUUAAUAUUUUUUGAGAUUGUUAUGUAUGACACAAGAUGUCUAUUUUAAAUGUCUAUUUUUUGAGGUUUAGGAUUUUGUUU